AUGGCGCACGCUCCUGCGAUUCCGCCUUCGGGCGACUCGCCAGCGCCCCAGCCUUCGGCCGCCCCCGCCGCCUGCUCCUCGCCGCAGCCUGCCCCGGCGUCCCCGUCUCCGCCGCCUGCCGCGCCUUGCCCGUCCUCCCCUGCCGCUCCGCUUGACGCUGCGUCGCUGCGGAUCCGGUGGGCCGACCUCGCAGAUGACGACCCCGUCUCCGCCGCCGCUGGAGCUCCCAUCCCCACCUCUCCCUCCCGUCGCCUGGAUCUCGCUGAGUCCGCUGCGCCAUCCAGCGUGGCCCCCGUCUCAACCUCCCUGGCGCGAGGUUCGGACGCGGGCUCGCGGAGGCUGCGGCCGACUCUGGUGACGACCGGUGCAAAGGGCGGAGCUUUGCCGCGGGACGGGUCGCGCCGGCGUCGCCGCCGGUCAUGGGGCGUCGCAGGCCGCUCCGAGCUGGGAUCCGCCCGGACUGCGUGGCGCCCGUCUGACCCAGCUUCAUCCUCCCGUCCGGCGGCUCCUCGCCCGCUCCUACUGCCCCUCGGCUCCUCGACUACUCCCUCUGCUCGUUCCUUGCCGUUCCGCCCAUUUAUCGCGCGCUUCGGAACCUCCGGCCUCCAGGUACAGGUGCCCAGCCUGCUUCGGCUGCCCCGGGUGGCCCCGACCCCCCCUUCCCGGCCUCCGGGACGGCGGCGGCGGCGCCGGCGUGUCGAGGGGAAACCCUCCGCGCUGGUACCCCUCCCCCCGUUCCCUGGACCCUGGGGUCUUGGGCCGUGGCCCGGUAGGCCGCCAGGUGGUGCCGACCUGCCCGGUGCGCCGUCCCCUAGCCCAUGCGCCCGAGGGAAGGAGCCUGUUGGGCCGGCCUGCGGCCUCUCGGUCGGGUGCGUGCCCUAG